AUGGAGGGAAAUGUCUCCUCACACAGACUCUUCAUCCUGGAUGGUUUCAGUGAAUUUGGAGCGCUGAGGUCCGUCCUCUUCCUCCCUUUCUUCAUCAUGUUCAUCCUGUCUCUGUCGGCUAACUCGCUGCUGCUCUACGUCAUCAUAUCACAGAGAAGCCUCCACUCACCCAUGUACAUCCUCAUCGCUGGCAUGGCAUGUGUGGACCUGAGCCUCCCGCUGUUCUUUGUCCCCAACAUGCUGCUGAACUUUCUGUUUGACUGGAGGGGGAUCUCUCUGAUUGGCUGCCUGGUGCAAAUGCAUUUCAUCCAUUUUGUUGGGGCCUUUCAGUCCACACUGCUAGUGUGGAUGGCACUGGACAGAUACUUUGCCAUCUGCACGCCACUCUACUACCAUGAGCGAAUGGUUCUACCAGGAUUUCUGAGGUUUAUGAUCCCGGUCCUGAUCAGAAACUUCUUCCUGAACACACUUAUGGUGACUCUGGCAGGAACACUGACUUUCUGUGCAUCAAAUAUCAUAAAGCACUGUUUCUGUGAGCACAUGGCAGUGGUGCAGAUGGCCUGUGGAAGCACCUCUAUCAAUAACCUGGUAGGGUUACUGACUGCCUUCCUGAUCCCUGUUGCGGACUUCAUCUUUAUUGCUGCCUCUUACGAGGUCAUAUUCAGCUCUGUGCUGAGCUCAGGAAAGUCCAGUGCCAAAGCCCUUCAUACCUGUGUAACUCACAUUGUGGUCAUCACCGUCAGUCUGACCAUUGCUUUGGUUGCUUUCCUUUCAUAUCGGGUCAGAAAUGGUCUCCCUGCAGGCGUUCGGGUUUUCUUCAGCACCAUGUACCUGCUGUUUCCUAGCUGUUUCAACCCAAUCAUCUACGGCGUCAGAACCACAGAGAUUAGACAGCACAUAAUAAGGACUCUGAGCUGCUUUCACUCUCAACUGUGA